AUGUGGCGAUAUUUUCCUUGCAGUCCGCUGGUUGUUCCGUUGCGUGUGCGUGCGCGUGUGGCCCGCAUUCAUCUUGCCGUCGAUGCUGGUGGCGUGCGUGGGCCCGCCGCAGCUGAUGCGUGGCAGCCACGGCGUGGAGGCUGGAGAAGACGGAGGGCCCGCAUGAAAGGUAUGGGAGCCGCCGUGUCACGCACAACAAGCGAGGCGAUCAUGUUCGCUGGAGGGGCGGUCGCGCUGGCCCCAUUGUCCACGGUGGCGGCGGUGGCGCCACCCGCAACGGCACCGCGGAACCAACGCCAGAUGUUGGGCCGGGAAGCGAAGGAAACGGCAGUUGUAGCGCCCCAUGACCCUGCAGCGGUGGUGCGUCUGGACUCCCGCAGGCGUCAGAUUCAUCUGAACCCCAUUCAGCGAGAGUUGAUUUGGAGCGCGCGACGGCAGCAGUACCAGCAGUUGCUGCUGCGCAUUGUAGCCUGCAUGGAGUCCCAUCUCUCUCCCGUUGAAAAGUGCCACGCGCUCUUGACCCUUCACGACGAGGUGAUUGCGAAGCGCAUUCGCCUGCGCUCUGACACGUACGAAGAUAUCCUUCACGUAUUCUACGCUGUGGCGACUCUGGGCAGUGCGGCCCCCACGCUGGCCGACGAGGAGUUUGUCGACCGUCGCGGCCUCACAUCCUCCUCGUCGAGCCUUUUGCCGGCGGAGUUUGCCGGCCCCGGCGUCGCGGCGGCGUCGCUGCUCGCGGGUUCCCUGCUGCACAGCCUGUGGACGAUGUACCGCUACAUGAUUGACAGCGGCACCAACCCGACGGCGCGGGCGGUGCAGCAUGUGAUGGGCAUUCUUGAACGCCGCGGCACGCGGGACGCGAUUGUGGAGGCACGUGCCCACUCGCUCAUGAUGGACCUCGACCGGUUCCACCUGACGCCCACCGAGUACACUGUCGCCGCCUACGUUGGGGUGUGUGACAGCAACGGAGUGAUGCACCUCGCCGUGGCCCGUGUGACGGACUACCGCACGCGACACGAGCGGCAGGUCUCGCCGGGCAUCUACGCCCGCCUGCUAUUUGGGUUGGCGCACAACCAACAGUACGAGGAUGCGGUUGCGUGUCUCACGACGCUGGACAGCGUGGCGGUGACCCCGCAUCUGCUCAACGCCGCCCUGCACGUCGCCCGCCACUCCCGCAGCCCGCUCUCUGCCUUUAGCUUCUACAGGAGUGUGAUGGGGCGGCGGGGGGGCGGCGUGACACCGACGCCACACACCAUCUCCAUCCUGCUGGAGGCCAUGUGUGCAGCGGAGUGCUACGACGAGAUGGACUUCCUCCUGCGCGAGAUGCGGCGUCACAGGGUGCGGGGAAACAGGGUGAUGCUAAACAAACUACUGGAGGUGCUGCUAACACUAAAGCGACAGACGGAUGCCGUGGCGCUUUGCGCGACGAUGGAUAGGAAGGGUGUCUUAGUGUUUGACGAACUUCGCCGGAAUUGCGUGGGUUCCGGCACCACGCUGCCUGGCCGGCAGUAG